UAUUUAGUCCGUACGACUGAGCAGCGAAAACGUUAUUACGCUUCAAAGCUUUGAGGAAAUCGCCGUUUAAGCCUUCAAAUCCCCUUCAAAGUUCAAACCCAAGCACUCUCACUCAACUCAUCUACAAUGGCGGCUACCUUUUAUCAGCCGCCAUCUUCACUGAAUCUCAAUAGACUGAACCCCUCUAUCUCUAUCUCUUCUACAAGACAUCCCAACCCUCCGCUUUGUUUACCCGCUCUUAAUAUUAGCCGAUGCGGCCCACUGUUUUCUGCAGUUACUUCUUCCACCCUCGCCGUUUCUGACCCAGAACCGGUUUACGCCUCCGUCAAGUCUUUUGCUCCGGCCACCGUCGCUAAUCUUGGCCCCGGCUUCGACUUCCUCGGUUGCGCCGUCGAUGGCAUCGGCGAUUUCGUCACCGUCCGCGUUGAUCCGGACGUUCCUCCCGGGCAAGUGUCCAUUUCUGAAAUCUCCGGGGCGGGGAAUAAGCUCAGCAAGAAUCCGCUCUGGAACUGUGCCGGUAUUGCCGCCAUUGCUGUUAUGAAGAUGCUUCGCAUCCAAUCCGUAGGGCUCUCCCUCUCCCUUGAGAAGGGGUUGCCCUUGGGGAGUGGAUUAGGGUCCAGCGCCGCCAGCGCUGCCGCGGCCGCCGUCGCAGUGAAUGAGCUAUUCGGCAGCCGAUUGUCCGUCUCGGACCUUGUCUUCGCGGGUCUAGAAUCGGAAUCCAAGGUCUCCGGGUACCACGCGGAUAAUGUGGCGCCGUCUAUCAUGGGAGGGUUUGUGCUCAUUCGUAGCUACGACCCGUUGGAGCUGAUCCAAUUAAAGUUCCCCCAAGAAAAGAGCCUCUUCUUCGUCCUGGUGAACCCGGAAUUCGAAGCUCCGACGAAGAAGAUGAGGGCGGCGCUGCCGGCGGAGAUAACGAUGUCGAGCCACGUGUGGAACUGCAGUCAGGCCGGGGCUCUGGUGGCGUCUGUGUUGCAAGGAGACUUGCCGGGCCUGGGGAAGGCGCUUUCAUCGGAUAAGAUCGUGGAGCCGAGAAGAGCUCCGUUGAUUCCUGGGAUGGAGGCCGUGAAGAAGGCGGCUAUUCAGGCCGGAGCCUUCGGGUGCACCAUCAGCGGUGCGGGACCCACUGCAGUCGCGGUUACGGAUGAUGAGGAAAAGGGAAUGGAGAUUGGUAAAAGAAUGGUAGAAGCCUUUAUCCAGGAAGGGAAUCUCAAGGCCUUGGCUAUGGUGAAAAGGCUUGAUAGGGUUGGUGCUAGGCUGGUCAGCAAGAAUGGAUCCAUUUGUAAUUGAUUCUUUUUCCAAUUCAAGAAUCUAAUGUUCUUUCCACUUUCAAAUUCCAGCAAUGGAUAUGAGAGAGAUCCCCACCUACCUUCCUCUAGUCCUUUAUUGGGGAUUUGUUAGUGUAUUAGAUGAUUGGUAAAUCCUCCUCAUUCAGAAGCUGGACAAAUAAAUUCAUGCCAUGUUCUUUGUGUAUGUCUCUCCUUUUUAACUUGCAUUGUUUUUACUGUCAAUCUUUACUAUUUGCUAUUAUACUGGAUUUCAUGUAAUUGAAUCACUUUGAGCUAAUCACCCAGACCUAGAGAAGUUCUUAA